AACAAACAACUGCCACCUCAACUUCAUUCGCAAACUCACUGAACAAUGGCACCUGUGGCCGAGCCCGUAUCUGGCCUGAACUGGGCUGAGGAUGUAGAGGAUAAUGAAGCCGAGUACGAUGCUGAUGACCUUCCUGCCCCCACAACUCGUGAGGAGGCAGACGGAACGAGGGUUACGAUCGAGUACAAGCUCAAUGAUGACGGGAAGAAAGUAAAGAUUGUCCGGAAAACAAAAAUGCGGUUGAUAAGGGCCCAAGUCAACCAUGCGGUCGCAGAGCGCAAGAAUAAGUGGAAGAAGUUCGGGGAGGUUGCUGGCCUCUCAGCUGGUCCCGAUACAAACAGCACGUCCUACGGCGAAAAAGUUUUCCUGAAACUUUCAUCGACUAUCAAAGACCACGAUAUGCCACAACCAUCAGACGAAGUCGACUCUUUGAAGAAGGCAUUGGCAGCAGCUGCCAAGUCAAAGAUUAGUUGCCGUAUCUGUAAGGGCGAUCACUGGACCAGCAAGUGUCCCUUCAAGGAUACCCAUGCACCUCUUGACGAGCUAGGAGCUCUUGAGAGCAAGGAAUCAUCAUUGACGGAUUUGACGGGUGGCGAAGACAAGACGAGUGGCAAGUAUGUACCUCCAAGCCUACGAAACCGUGGUCCAGGAGAAUCGAUGCGGACAGAGAGACGAGACGAUUUCCCUACAAUUCGUAUCACAAAUUUAUCGGAAGAUACCUCGGAAUCAGAUGUCAAAGACUUAGUGGGCAAAUUCGGACAUACAUCACGAGUGUUCGUGGCAAGGGAUCGCGAAACAAAUGCCUGCAAGGGAUUCGCAUUUGUCAGCUUCUACCACAAAGAGGAUGCGGAAAGGGCACUCGAAAAGCUCAAUGGAUUUGGAUACGAUAACCUUAUUCUGCGGGUGGAAUGGGCCAGAAGCAGCCGAGACUAGGUGGUUGCAGAGGAUUCGAUUUGACGUUGCGCUGGUGGUCACCUUUCUGUAUAGCAUUCUUCUUCAUUUUGGUUGGCGUACCAUACUAUUGUAAUGAUUAUUUGCCAUGAAUGACUGACGGAUGGUCGAUGUGCAUGUUGAUUACCAUUUUCUACGUCAGACCUACGACGUGGCACAUUUUGUUAUCAUUAAUCCUGAACGUGGAUAAGAUAAUUUGACUUUCAGCAUUACAGUAGUAGGACGAGACCGAUGUGCAUGAAUGUGUAUGUACUUGUAAUAGAAUUAUAUUUUCAGAUGCA